AUGAGGAAUGCUAUUGUUCUUGGCGCACUUUUCUCCCUCUUCUGCGCCGCAUCCACGCGCGCAGACAUAGCAUCUGGUGUGGUUGAGGAUGUGGCUCAACCUGCCGUCAAUGGCCACCGCCACCUUCUGCAACAGGCCGCCCCCCUGUGCACCGCGGCCGGGCAAUACACAGCUGACCCGGCCUCCGGUUGCACUUCCUUCUGGCAGUGCACAGCCAGCGGCCGGGGCUUUUACCAACAAUGCGGUCCGGGGACUGCCUUCAACAACGCGUGCACCUGCUGCGACUUCCCAUCCAACUUCGUCUGCGGGGGUAGUCCCAUCGGUGCCUACUUCACUCCAACGGACUUCUCACAGUUCUUCCUGCACACGAAUGACGGCGGCUGCCAGCACCCCAACUUCUACACAUACAACGCGUUCGUGACGGCAGCGAGCGCGUUCCCCGGCUUUGGCACGAGCUCCGCUUCGGCCGCCGUGAACAAGCAGGAGAUAGCCGCAUUCAUGGGCCAGAUCUCUCAUGAGACGACCGGCGGGUGGGCCACGGCCCCCGACGGCCCCUACGCGUGGGGCCUCUGCUUCGACGAGGAAUCGAACCCCGACCUCUACUGCCAAGCGAGCGCCAGCUACCCGUGCGCCCCAGGGCAGACCUAUCACGGCCGGGGCCCGAUCCAGCUGUCCUGGAACUACAACUACAUCCCAGCCGGCAACGCCAUCGGCUUCGACGGCCUCAACAACCCGGGGGCCGUUCUCACCAACCCGGUCACCGCGUGGAAGACCGCCAUCUACUUCUGGAUGACCCCCGCAGGGAAUAAGCCCUCGUGCCACGCUGUCAUGACCGGGGGAUGGUCCCCGAGCGCCGCGGACGCGGCCGCGAACCGCCUCCCCGGGUUUGGUGUCGUGACAAACAUUAUCAACGGGGGGCUGGAGUGCGGGCCCGGACGUUCGAACAAAUUGGGGGGCCCGGAUCGUAUCGGGUAUUACACCCGGUACGCGAAGCUUCUGGGCGUGAGCACGGGGAGUAACCUGUCGUGCGAUAACCAGCAGCCGUUUGUAUAG